UCCACCUCUGCUCAUCGCUGCUUUCUUCUACAAUAAUCUUUCAUGUCAAAACUUUCUAUAAAAUACAAAAAAUGCAACAAAUACAGCUCCUAGGAGAGUACGAUAACCUAGCACGAUGUCCUUAAAAUAAUAACAAAUAAAAUAUCAUCCAAAAUAGCACUGCGUAUCUUUGCCGGAUUUGUGGCUAUAGUAACAUGUGAUUGUUUUUUUUUGUUGCCUUGCCACGUUCUGGGUGGUAUAGGGUGGUUUUAUAGUGCAUACCGAAGCAUCCCGGAGUCGUCCUCGGCUUCAGUUCGGCUGGUUUUGAUCGGGAAUCCGAAGCCUUUAGUACAAUCGUGCCGAUGUGCGUUCCCUUCCAUUAUCCUUUUGCUCGGGUUUGGUUCGUUCUGGCCCCGAAAAAGGACUGUUCAAGGAUACACAUCGCAACGAUGUUAUACGAACGUAUCAGUUUCAUUUGUACCACUGCAGAAAUGCUACACAGUUUUGCAGUCAAUUUUUCAUGUACAGUUCUAUGUAGUACCGCAGUGAAAGUGUGGGUUUGUGCAAAUUAAGGUGACAAAAUCUAAUCAGGUUGUGUUAUGGAUUCUUCACCAUCUCGGAAUGAAUGAGUAUGAGUAGUUUGAAUAGCGUAACAAAAUCAGUUGGGAUUUAAAAAAAAGAAGACAUUUUAAGGAAAUUGUGUUAAAUGGUGUAUUGCAGUGUUUCGAUAAAUUAGCUUCCAAGUGAACGGAUACGGUUGUCGUGCUUCGAAAUCCGUGAGGAUCUAAUAUAUUAAUAAAUGAAGAAAAUGAACUAUUAUAUUAAUAGUUGUCUUCUCUGUACACACCAUAUACACCCUGUCACAAGUGAUAUCAAGUAGAACGUCUCGAUACACGAGUAAACGAACAUAAAGAGAAUAUAACCGACAACGAAAACGUGGUGAUUUGUGAAGUGUUAGUGAUAUCCCGCACAGAGACGUACACGUUAAUAUAACUCUUCUAACUAGUCAAAUAUGCUUCAUACAUGUUGAUCGGUACAAAGUGCUUCAAAAAACGCUAAGUGAAUCAUAAAUGUCAGUUGAAAAAAAUUGCUCACUCCAACAUGAUCAUAUGUGCCAUUUAUAGUUAUUGACCUAAACGGUAAAACACAGUAACCAGUGAUAAUCUUAAGCAUAAAUGUUGUGGUAGUGUUUUUUAUUUAAAUACAAAUUAACAAUCAACUACAAAUUGUAUGCAACGAGAGCUUAUAAGAAAAUUCUGCUCGGUCUACAGCAACCUUACAUCGAAAAAAUAGAAAACACUUGUGUACACGUUCGUACAGAAGUAUGUAGAUAAUCGGAAAGGUUAUCUGUUUCUACAUAAGCUUAGUCAGCGCAUAUGGUGUAAAAAAAACGUUAUUAUAUAGUGCUUUAACAUAUUGUUUCAUAGAACAACAAGUAAAAUAGUACACUUUAAUAAUGCAACUAAAAUUCUACAUCGGCACAACACUGCUUACCGCUAUUUUGCUGCACGUAAAUGUUGUAUACUCAUUUCAACCAGAUUUUGCUGAACCAAUUUUAAACAACUCUAUAGCUAUUGGAAGGGAUGCAACAUUCACAUGCCAUGUUCGGCACUUAGGCGGUUAUCGGGUUGGCUGGUUGAAGGCAGACACUAAAGCUAUUCAAGCGAUACACGAGCACGUUAUUACGCACAACUCGAGGGUUACGGUUUCACACGCUGACCAGAAUACAUGGAACUUACACAUCAAAUCAGUUACCGAAGAGGAUCGGGGAGGAUACAUGUGCCAACUAAAUACAGAUCCGAUGAAGAGUCAGAUUGGAUAUCUAGACGUUGUUAUUCCGCCGGACUUCAUCUCAGAAGACACUUCGUCUGAUGUUAUAGUUCCUGAAGGAAGUUCGGUGAAGCUCACGUGCAGGGCAAAAGGCUAUCCGGAACCGAUUGUCACCUGGCGGCGUGAAGAUGGUACGGACAUUAUUCUUAAAGAUACCAGCGGAUCUAAACAAUUGGUUACGUCGUACCGGGGAGAAGUCUUAAAACUGACAAAAAUUUCACGAAGUGAAAUGGGCUCGUACUUAUGUAUAGCAUCCAAUGGAGUACCUCCUUCAGUAUCUAAAAGAAUAUCGUUAAGUAUACACUUUCAUCCGGUAAUUCAAGUUCCAAACCAGCUGGUUGGAGCUCCACUUGGAACAGACGUAACAAUUGAGUGUCAGAUUGAGGCAUCACCGAAGUCAAUCAACUACUGGAUAAAGGACACUGGUGAAAUGAUCGUAUCAUCACCUAAAUAUCAAGUGCAAGAUGCUACGAAAUCACUGUACGAAGCAAAGAUGUCCUUGACAGUGCGCUCGUUUCAAAAAGAAGAUGUCGGCUCCUAUCGCUGUAUUGCUAAAAACUCACUAGGGGAAGUAGAUAGCAGCAUCCGGCUGUACGAAAUUCCUGGACGUAGUCGAAAAAUAUACGCACCCAAAGUUAACCAAAACGAAGUUAUCAAGGAGGGCAACAAACAGGGUAAGACUAAGGUGACGUUUCCUACGGAUGAUGAAGAACAGCAAUAUGGUUCUGCCGAGGAUCUGGACGACAUAUUGGAUACAUCAGUUGGUGGCAAUGGUCAUCAAAAUCUGAACGGAAGAUUAGGAACCUUUAAGAAUGCUGGUUCGUCACGAAGUCCUCACGAUCAUCCGAACAGUGUGAAUGGAUUCGGUGCGAAUGGAGGAGCAGCUGGUGCGAAUAUACAUGGGAACAAGCAUAUUCCAGCAAUAGACAUCGCGACGCGUAAACCAUUUGCAAUUCCAACGGUGCGUACUGGCGUUGAUGGAGCUGAUGGUAAUCAUGGACCUUCGUACAGCAAUUCAAUUGCUGCCAACGUGAACAUCUGCUUCAGUUUGACAUUGUUUGUGCUUAUCACACUUUUAGUGACUCCUAUAAACAUGCUUCAACUACAUUAACAUCGAAAGGAUGAUAUGCAAUAGAGUUCGUUUGUAUAUAUCGUGCAAUGCAAUCUCGGCAAAGAGAUAACCAUGAGCCUAGAAUAUGAAAUUUCUUGGAAUAUUCUUGUUCCUAGAACAUUUGUUCCAAUACUUGAUUGGUUAAAUUACUCACGCCAUUGAUCGUUGACGGAAACAUUCAACUGCGACACUGCAAUCAUUCUAAUUUUAUAUUUCUAAAUUAUUCUAUUGUUUUAUUAGUUUAAAAACCUAAUUAUUUUUAUUAUUAUUAUACUCAUGAUUAUGCACGAUAUAUUUUGUAUAUUUUUUACUAACCCGACGGACUGCUUAGCCCUCUCGAUAGUUAUACAUCUUAUUCGCUAAACGACGCUUUACGUAGCAUUUUUUCUUUGUAGAAUAAUGAAAAUAAUGGUGCAUUUUAGAAUGUUUACAUUUAAGUUAAAUUUUUAAUUUAACGUAGGAAACUUUAUGUUAUUUAAGCAAGGCAGGGAAAGAACGGAAGACUGACCAUGGUAAAAGUUUAAAUUCUGUUAUGUUUCUCUGUUUUGUUCACUCGUUUAACUUAACCCAAAACUUCACUACUCAGAGUUACUUAUUUUUAUGGUUGUAUUUGUUUUGCUUUAAUUUUUGUAACAACACGUGUGGUGAACUAAACAUAUUUUUGAAUCAAAAGAUAAAUAUUUUAGCGCGUGUCAAUUAUUGCUCAUAACGUAUGAAAUUAUGAAGCCAAUUGCAGUAAAGGUUUACAUUUUCAAAACGAUCCUAUCCUGUACGAAAUAGGAAAUGAAGUGAAAAAGUGUUUUAUUUCAUUCAGAAAAGCGCUCCGAUUUGACAUACUCUCAGAGAAUAACGUUAUAUUAUUAAAAAAUAAUUUAUUAACUAUUAAAUAUUCAUAAAAAAAUUCAACAACAUACUUAAAGCUUUCUCAUAAUUAUUUUUAUAGUUCAAAGUAAAAUAUAAAAUGUAUUGCUUUUAUAGCAAAGGUGGCUAGUCAGAUUUGUAAGUGUCGCUGGAAAAUGUAACUCGUUACGAUUCGUUGUACUAUUUGAUUUGAGCGUUACUAUCCUUCAAACACCUCUCUAAAUGACACUUUUUGUCAGUCGUUUGAGAAUACUCAUCAGAGAAAUAUUAAUUAUUUAAAUUUUAAUACUUAAAACAUUAACCGGAAAAAGAAAUAUUAUGUAACGCUAGCAGACUAACGCUAUAAUUUCCAUUCCUUGUUAUGUAUUUUUAUUGAACAAUGUUAGCAAUUUUCAUUAUUUACUUUCACUAAAAUGCAAAUGAAACAAAAUGUAAAUAGAAACAAGAAAAGAAUUUUCUCAUGCACUUAUUUCGUACUUGGUUUCUUACAUCUAGCUACUUUAAUUUUUGAAAAUUAUUUUUCCCCCAUUUAAGACACUUUAUACCUUCUUCUGGUUCAUCAAUAAUAUUAUCAAUCAGUAGCAAGGCUUCGUGAAGCGAACAAAACUAGAAUAAUUGAAACUAUUUUCCAAUAAUUUGUAUCUUCCAUCUUAUAUGAUAUAAAAAUGUACCAAUACGAAUGAUUGUUUUUGGUUAUUCUCGUGCAAAAGGACUAGUAAAAUUAAAAUACUUCACUAGAAAAAAUCUUAAGCUUGCUUACCAAAUUAAUUCUUUUCAACUUAUAUGUACAUCAAAACAGAUUAACCAGUAUUAAACCCCAUUGGUUAUUUGCUUCUCACAGGUACAUUUAUUAUGCCUGGAAUAAAAUUUUUAAAAUCAGUAUCUCGUACAAGAGUAUUCUCACAAAAUUAAGGUUUUGAUUGAAAUGUUUCAACAUGCGUGUGCCAACUCAAUCAUUCUCACAAAGUGAUAAGCAAAGCAUAACCAGGUGUGAAUUUAAAUUUCAAUUUCUUGACUUAUUUCGUAUUAAUCUUUUGCCACUCAACCAUUAUUGUCUAAAAACAAAAAAAAGCUGGUGCUGGUACAAUACCUGAAAUGAUUAAUUCCAGGGAUCAUUUAACAUGUAUUCACAGUGUAAAAUUGGUGUGUGGAUUUAGGAUAUAUUAUAUCAGCAUAGUAAAAUGAACACACGAUGUAAUCGAUUCCAAUGCGGGUUUAUUGUGCAAAACCCCCAAACAACACACCCUCGCUCGCAUGGUAUUAUAGACGUAACCUAAUUAAAAAAAAAAACAA